UAAAACUUUGACGCUCAGUAUUAUGGAUUUAGUUAUUUGUAUUAUAUUUCUUUAUUUAACACAUAUAAUAGCAUCAAAUGACGUAAAUUUACCUAAUCAUCUCAGCCAGUUGUUAAAUAAAUUGAUAAAAGAAACUGAAAAUAAAAGUGAGAACAAAACUUCAUUUGAAAUAAUAGAGCCGGGUAAUGCUUCGAAAAUUAUUUACGUUAAAGAAAAAGCAAACCCAAAAGUUAUUUGGCAAGUUAAAUAUGAAGAUAUUACGGACAAACGCAUUGAAGAUGUAAUGAAAAAAACAAAUAUGUUUCAAGAAUUUGUUCAUGAUAAAAACAUAAAUCAUACUGUCUAUGGUCAUUUUAUGAAUCCUAAAGAUAUUGACAAAAAAAGUAUACCGUCUUUUGAAUACAUCCUAGAACAUAUACCUGAACAUACAACGCUUAAAGAUUCAUCACCUGUAAACGAAGAAAUUACUACAGAAUAUGGUAAAAAAGUCGGACGCUAUAAAUAUCCAAACGUGAUUGAUGAAAUAGCUUUAGAUAAAAAUAACAUUAAAGAUUCUGAAAAUAUUCUCAAUAACCUAACCGAACUUAUUUCAAGUAAAAAUAGUGUGGAUAACUUAGAUAUGAUAAAUUUAAAUAAAAAUUAUGAAGAGUUAUUAAAAGAAAUACAAGAAAUCAAAAUAUUACAUCAAAAGGAAAAUUUAAUAGACAAAAUAAGAGUAUCUCAGCCGUUAUUGACACAUGGUACAGCAUUACGUUCCGCUUAUCCUAAACCUUUAUUAACAAAUUACCGUAUUUUACCAAACGUUGGUGCUUCAUCAAGUAGACAAAUUUUACUUCAAAUGCCAGUUUACAGAAAACAGUUUACAAAUUAUGUACCAGCGUUGGUAAAAAAAAGUUUCUUAACAAAUUAUCAAAAAGGAUCGACAUUUACAUCGCAUAUACAUCAUGUCAUCGGAGAUCCUUAGAAAACAAGUUUCAUCUAGAAUUUUUUACACAUAGUUUAGUUUAGAGUUUUAUUUUUUAUUUAAAAAAAUACCAUUUUAUUGGUUAUAAAUUUAUAUGAAUAUUAAUUAAGUUGAACCUUAGUGCUACGUUUUUAAGUGGUAGUUACCGCCAGCUAGUUAGCAAGUUGUGAAUCCGAAACACAAAGAAGCUACCCACAAUUCAGACUCUAACUAGUGAACACCUGACAAACAUGAUCAAACCGAAGUCCAAACUGUGCUCAAAGAUCUAGUUAGCUGUUGGGAUGACUCAACUCUUCAUUGACAUGUUUGCGAUUUCGCUAUGGUUGGUUAAAACCGCUUUCUGUCAGUCAAUCCCUUGAGGCAUACUGCAUAGUGUUCGAAUAAAAUGUGAGUUUAUAUUUAAACAUAGACUGGGUUU